CAGGGACUGGCCAGAGAUGCUCGACGACUGGGGAUAUACUGACACCAACGGGCCUUCUACCUGGGCUCAGAAGUACCCGCUUGCGGCAGGGACGAGGCAAUCGCCUGUUGACAUUAAUACACAGGUCGUUAGCUUGGACGUGACGUUGGUAGAAAGACCACUUCAAUGGAAGUAUGGAAAUAAUAUUUCCAAAACCAUAGUUAACACUGGAUACGGAUGGAAAGUCGAUGUUGAUGGCGUAGACACAGAAUUGCUGGGAGGACCACUCUCAGAAAAGUACAAAUUAGAGCAAUUCCAUUGCCACUGGGGCAAGUGUAGUAAUGAAGGAUCUGAACACACUGUGGAUGGAAAAGCCUUUGCUGCUGAGCUUCAUUUAGUUCACUGGAAUUGUGAGAAAUACUCCUCGUUCAUGGAAGCUGCCAGCCAUCCUGAUGGUCUCGCAGUAAUUGGAGUAUUUCUGCAGGUUGACUCGAAAGAACAUGAAGAACUAUCAAAAGUAGUGACACUUCUUCCUCAGAUCUUACAUAAAGGACAGGGAGCUAACAUCGACUUUAACUUGGAUAUUCGAAAAUUCUUACCAGAUACAUCCAAAUAUUGGACCUACCUGGGCUCCCUAACAACUCCACCUUGUAAUGAAAGUGUGAUUUGGAUAGUAUUAAAAGACCCAAUUAAUGUAUCUGAAGAACAGUUGAACAUCUUCAGAAGCAUGAAAAACAUAGGAGAAAAUGAUAUCCCACACACUGAUGAGUGCGUCUUAAGGAGCAACUAUAGGCCACCACUUCCUCUUGGAAAUCGUAUACUUCGUGAAUGUGGAUCAAUGUGAAUAAUUACAAAUGUUAAAAAGUGAAAAACCCAAUUUAAUAAUCACUGAAUGUGUUACCAGUUAAACUAUAGGCUUAUAUUUUAGUUUAUAUGUUGGAUUCACUGUGUUUUAAUAUAUCAAAAAAAAACUUUCUAGUGGAAGUGGAAAACUGUGUUUAAAACUACAAUACUGGUUAUGAUAGAAAAACUAGUGAUUGAGUUAUAAAUUAUAAUUUUUGUUUUGUUAAAAACAAACAAAUAAUGUUAAACAAAUACAUAUUUUUGAAGUUAUUGU